AUGUCUCCGAUCAUUCCCUCGAUAGAGUCGAUACCAUUCCUCUCCAGCGGGGCUAUGCAUGCCACAGCUCCAAGCCCAGCUCGACCGGGCCCCGUGGAUCCGCCGAAAAAUAUCAGCCCGCGUCAAGAGCAAACAGCCGCUCACAAUAACACAGAAAUUCCCGAUUCGUACAUCCCAGUUGGAGUCCUAUGUAAAUCAACAACGGAGAAUACCUACCCCGCGUCAGAGAUAGUCCUCCUACAAAAGCACAACUGGAUCCAGACCAAAUCCCUCAAUGAAAACACCCAAAUCUUCAUCCUGCCAGAUGACGCCAAGCGCGGGUCAAUCCCGCGCUCGAGCAACAAACUUAGAGCCGCACUUAAAACGAUUAUGUCCAAGAUCGAUACCACCCCGGCAGCAUGGAAUGGCAUCUCCAGUGCCCCCAGCCCAGUUCCCAAUCCAUCUGAUAGCGCCGAGGAUGAAUCCCUCUGGUACAUCUUCAAUACUCUGCAGAAUCCAAACCCGCAGGUGGACAUCAUGCGAGACCCGCAUGCUCGCCAGGCUAUGGAAGAUUUGUUGGAGGGUGAGGAUGCGAUUCUAGGUCUUAAGACUGCCCUUUAUCCUUAUCAGCGUAGGUCGGCUGCUGCGAUGGUCCAGCGUGAGGCGCAGCCUGCUAUGGUUCUUGACCCUAGAUUGCAGGCUUGGAAGGGUCCUACUGGGUUGGAAUUUUAUUAUGAUAAGGAGGAUGGGAGUAUUGUCAAGGAGAAGAGAUUGUAUUCUGAGGCUUGUGGAGGAAUCCUUGCAGAGACUAUGGGCUGUGGUAAGACUUUGAUCAGUCUUGCUGUUAUCUUGGCUACCCGUGGCCAUUUUCCUCAGAUUCCUAUCAAGUAUCAAGCGACUGAUAUCCAGCCGACGAGGAACGUGACUGGUUCCCUGAUGGAAAUGGCGGCUGCAACUGCCGGCCGGUUGUCAGUGCCCUGGAGGUCAUUUUUUGAGAGUUUAUCUGUUCAAGGGGAACACUAUGAUCGAUGCAUCAAGGCGUGUAAAGAUCACUGUGGUUCCUACGAGAUCCCACCCCAUCAGACUCGAUACCAAGGCCGCAACAGUUCUUCUUAUCCCCGGCCGCCGGCGCAGCGCAUUCUACUUUGUUCCGGCACUAUCAUUGUUGUUCCACCCAACUUGGUUGAUCACUGGGAGCGGGAGAUUGCCACUCAUACUGUAGGACUAAAAGUGCUAAUUCUACGACAAGCCUCAGACCUCACACCUUCAGUCGAGGAACUCCAGAACCUUGAUAUUAUCCUCUUUUCCAAACCUCGCUUCGAAAGAGAGGUCGGAGAACCAGUUCACAAACGUCGCAUGAAAUAUGUAUCACCAGUCCAAGUCGAUUCAACCCUGCUCAAGCUCCACUGGUUGCGUGUCAUCGUCGAUGAAGGACACAAUGUUGCCGGACACGGGUCAAAUAUGAUCCAUAUGCUGAAACAGCUCCACUUUGAACGCCGCUGGAUCAUCUCCGGAACACCUUCCACUGGACUCUAUGGAGUGGAGGUGAGUCUUGCCUCACAGGAAGCGAAUACCAGUGAUACGGAAUCACCCGAGGAGAUUACUGCUGCGGUCUUGAAAAGUCGCAAGAAGACAGGUAAUGCAGUCGACAAUGAGUUGAAAGAUUUGGAUCGGAUGCGUCGCAUUGUUAUCGAGUUCCUUGAUCUCAAACCUUGGUCUAAUUCCCGUGCCGAUGACCCUGCAGAUUGGACAAGAUACAUCAAACCCUUGGGCUCGGAUGGACAGCGCCGGAAGUCGCCAUCUCUACGUGCGACUCUGCAGAGUUUAGUGGUGCGGCACCAGCUCGACAAGGUGAAUCGGGAAAUCACUCUGCCUAAGCUCUACAACAAGGUGGUCUACUUGGAACCAACCUUCCACGAUAAACUAUCCAUCAAUAUGUUCCUCUUUGGUCUCGCGGUCAACGCGAUCACAUCCGAGAGACAAGGACCAGAUUACAUGUUCGGCAAGGAGAAUCGAAAACAUCUGAACCAAGUGAUCAACAAUCUGCGUCAGGCUGGUUUUUGGUGGGCCGGUUCUAGCGAUGUUCAGGAUACAGUCGAGCAUGCCCUCAGAUACAUGGAGAAGAACCGUGACAAGAUGACUCCAGCGGAUAUCAACCAAUUGACCCAAGGAAUCUGCAUCGCAGAGAAAGCAAUCAAUUCCCCCAACUGGCAUGGAUUCAAAAAAUACCACGAGCUCGGUGUCUUCGUGCAAGAUUUUCCAGAGCACGCUCGCAGUCUCUGGGCUCUUGACUCGGCGAAUUCCGACCACGAGCCACUCCUCCUUGGAAUCACUCAAGCCCGCCACGCCCAGCAAUACGUCACGAAGCAUCUCCGCUCCCGUGAUCCAGCCGAGGGCCUACCAGGCGCCGGUAUCAAAGUCCGUCGAGAACUCACCGAGCGUGAUCAGCAACCCGCACCCAGAGGUGCCCCAGAGUCAGCCAAACCAGCACCAGCACCAAGCCAACUAGUUCACAGCGCGAAACCGCAAAGCAACAAAUCUCCCAAGAAAACAUUCACGCAAAACAAAUUCCACUCUCUACCCGAGACAUCCCCUCUCAAGAAAACCAAAUUAGUCGGAGUAUCCUCCUCGAAACUCCGCUACCUCCUAGACGAAGUACAAAAAGUGCACAAAACUGAAAAAACGAUAAUAUUCUACGACAAUCCCAACACAGCCUUCUGGAUAGCUGAGGGCCUAGAAAUAACAGCAAUAGACUACCGCAUCUACGCCAGCACACUAAAACCCGAACUGCGAACAAGCUACCUCAAACUCUUCCGCGAAUCCGAAGAAGUCCGCGUCCUCCUAAUGGACCUCCGCCAAGCCUCGCACGGUCUACACAUCGCCCAAGCAUCGCGCGUCUUCAUCGUCAACCCAAUCUGGCAACCGAACGUCGAAAGCCAGGCGAUCAAGCGUGCCCAUCGUAUCGGCCAGACGCGUCCUGUUUAUGUGGAGACUCUUGUGUUAAGGGACACGCUUGAAGACCGCAUGCUCAGGCGCAGGAAGGAGAUGUCCGAGUCCGAGAUGCAGCUUGCUGAGAGGAGUUUGUUGGAUGAUUCGGCUAUGGCUGAUAUUAUUCAGAAUGAGCCGUUUCUGGUCAUGGGGGAGGAGGGGGCCGAGGAUAUUGCGCGGCUUGAGUACCAGACUGGUUUCUUUGAUGCUCAUCGCUUGCCUAUUCCUGAUGAUGAGGGGGUGGCGGUUCGUAGUCCGUCUAAACGACGGCAUUUGGAGGUUUUGGAGGGGGAUGUUGGUGCUGAUGUAGGUUCUGAUAUUGGAGCGGGUGGAGAUGUGCCGCCUGUUGAGGUUCCCCUGCCUAAACGACCUCGUAUUGGGUUUGCAGAGCAUGUGCAGGUCUUGGAUAACGCUGGUGAUCGUUCACCUUCUCCUUCUCCUAAGAUUGAGAGUGGGGAUAGCAAUGGCGAUAGACGUGUUUCGUUGUUCGGACCGUGA